AUGUAUGCUUACUUGAAUACAGGAUUCAUUCCCAUGAUCGGGUACCACCAUGUGUUGAUGGUCAUCAUAGCAGUCGCUAUUAUCCUACUAUCACUCUUGUUGGCGGGUUGCUCUUCAUCGUCUCCACAGAUUCCCGAUAUCUUCCUGAUAUCGAUGUACUAUGAAAGCUACAAGCCGAACUUCGCAUUAUCUCAAGUCGAUCCGGGUGUAACAAGCGCUAUCGCAAACAUUAGCUUCGAGGUCCGAGUUGGCUACUUUGGUAUCUGCAUUCAACCUGAUCAUGGUUCAUACAUUUGCAAUGCCAAUGCCACCGCACUCGCCGAAGUUGUUACUGUCGAUCAAGAUCCACUUAAUCUGAUUUGGGUUGCCUCGACUUUCAAGGAUGCAGUAGUUUUCCCAUACCUUCUCAUCGUGGCCGUCAUCCUCGCCUUCUUCUGUUUCAUCUUAUUAGCCACAUUCCCUGGCUGGCACGAAGAACCAGAUGAGACAGGUGACUCCGUCGAGGUCAAGCCAUUUCCCUCACGUCCUGUGUCUCAAGCUGCGCUUGCCCUCAUCUUCGUCUCUUCGAUAUUCGUCCUAGUAUCGGUGUUAUGGCAACAUACAGCGUCCGUCGCAGCAAGCACCAUUGCCCAAGAUAUGGGUAAUGGCAGCGUCAAGAGCGGUGUCGGCACCUCAGCCAUGGUGCUGGGUUGGUUCGGCUUCGUCCUCUUAGUCGUGGUCACGAUUGGUCUUCUCGUUAUGAUUCUCAGUAUCAGACUCAUUAAGAAACUGACUGAUGAAGACUAA